AUGACCCGCAAGUGCAUCCUCGCGACCUCACAACUCAACCAGUGGGUGCUCGAUUACGACGGCAACCGAGACCGCAUCAUCCAAACCAUCCGCGAGGCCAAAGCAGCCGGUGCUUCCAUUAUCCUCACACCGGAGCUGUGUAUACCGGGUUACGGACUGCUGGACCACUGGCUCGAGAACGACGUCUACGCCAAUUCAUGGGACAUCGCCGCAGAGAUAAUCUCCAACCAAGACUGCCAGGACAUCAUCGUCGACCUUGGUCUCCCCGUUCAACAUCGAGGGUGCAGCUAUAAUGCUCGACUAGUUGCUCUGAAUGGCGAGGUGCUGGCGAUCAGGCCGAAGCUGGACCUCUGCAACGAUGGCAAUUUUCGGGAGAUGCGGUACUUUACCCCCUGGCCGAGAGGACGGGUAGACGACUAUACUUUGCCGGAUGUCAUCCAGCAGCUUUCGAAGGGGCAGGUUAGAACGAGGAUCGGCGAGGUGGCGUUUGAAGCGCUAGAUGGCUCGUUUACGUCUGAGACGUGCGAGGAGUUGUGGACGCCCAACUCGCCGCAUUCGCUGUACAGUCUGGCGGGGAUCGAGAUUAUUCUCAAUUCGAGUGGUAGUCACCAUGAGCUACGGAAGCUGGAUACGAGGAUCAAUCUAAUUACGGAGGCUACGGCGAAGACGGGCGGGGUGUACAUGUACUCGAAUCAGAGGGGUUGUGACGGCGACAGACUCUACUACGACGGCUGUGCUUUGAUCCUGAACUCUGGCAAAGUACUUGCGCAGGGCUCGCAAUUCUCACUCAAGGACGUGGAAGUCAAGACUGCCAUGGUUGAUCUAGAUGAGAUCUGGUCGUAUCGGACGUCGAGAAGCAGAGGCAUGCAGGCAAACGAGCCUUCGGUGCACAAGCUUGAGCGCGUCCAAGUCAACUAUCGACUAUGCAGGAAGGACAUCAGCCCCCGCGCACGACUAACAGAACCCAUCGAGCCACGCUACCAUCUCCCCGAAGAAGAGAUCGCACUUGGCCCAGCCUGCUGGAUCUGGGACUACCUCCGCCGCUCAAAAGCAGCAGGCUACCUCAUCCCCCUCAGCGGCGGCAUCGACAGCUGUGCCACCUCCGUGAUAGUCUACAGCAUGUGUCGCCUUGUCGUCUCCGAGCUCGCUGCCGGCAACUCCGUCGUCCUGGCCGACGCCACCCGCCUUUGCAACAACACCGACCCAACCAACCUCACUGCCGCCCAACUCUGCAACAAACUCUUCGUCACCGUCUUCAUGGGCAUGCAACAGCAAUCCUCGCGCGAAACGCGCAGCCGCGCGUCUGACCUCGCUUCCGCCAUCGGCGCCCACCACAUCGAUACCAACAUCGACCCCAUGGUCCAGUCCCUGCACGGAGUAGUAACCGGCAUCCUCAACUUCGAGCCCCGCUUCAAAGUCCAUGGCGGCUCGCAAUCCGAGAACCUCGCCCUCCAAAACUUCCAAUCCCGCUCCCGCAUGGUCCUCGCCUACGCCCUGGGCCAACUCAUCCCCACCUCCCGCGGCAGCACCGGCGGACUUCUAAUCCUCGGCUCCGCCAACGUCGACGAGUGCCUCCGCGGCUACCUCACAAAAUACGACUGCUCCUCCGCCGACAUCAACCCCAUCGGCGGCAUCUCCAAAACGGACCUCAAACGCUUCAUCGCCUGGAGCGAAACCCACUUCUCCCUCCCCAUCCUGCGCUCCUUCCUCGACGCCGUCCCGACAGCCGAGCUCGAGCCCAUCACAGACACGUACGUGCAGAGCGACGAAGCGGACAUGGGCUUCACGUACGACGAACUCUCCAUCCUCGGGCGCUUGCGCAAGAGCAUGAAGUUGGGGAUGGUGGGGAUGUGGGAGCGGUUGCUGGUGGAGUGGAGCGAGAGGAGCCCGCGGGCGGUGUAUGAGAAGGUGAGGAGGUUUAUGUGGUUUUAUGCGGUCAACAGGCAUAAGAUGACUACGAUGACGCCUGGGUUGUAUUUGGAGAGUUAUACGCCGGAUGAUAAUCGGUUUGAUUUGAGGCCGUUUUUGUAUCCCGGGUUUGCGUUUGAGCAUCGGAAGAUUGAGAAUCAGUUGAAGAAGAUGGAGGAGGGGGAGGCAGAUGGGCCCAGCGAUGCUUGA